CUUGACAAGGAGUAGUCAGUCAAUAUAAGUGAUUUUCAACAACUGGAAGAUACAAGUAGAUAGGACGAGCCUUGUCAAAUAUGAACAACUCCUAGUAUAUGCAUUCCAUAUGAAUCAUCCUGGUGGGAUGUAUCGUUUUGUCUUCUGCUAGUAAACUAUCCCAGAUGGAAUGCCAGCCAUGAGAGAUAAAUAAACGUUUUCUUGUCACCCUUUAUUCAUAUCAAAUUAUCUCAGUCAUGUUGAAUGAGGCAAAAUCUGUAUAAAGUUCCAAAAACAGAUUUUUCAAGUAAAACACUGCAGUCUGCCGUGAUACUGAUCAUGCAGUUGCAUCCUCGAGACACAUUUGUUUUACUGUAUCUUGAACAGUAACAGAAUUGCAUUCUUGCAUACAACAAUAGAUGUGUUAUAUCAUGAAUCUUAGACCUAAAUUAUUUGCUUUCUCUCUAAUAAAGAGAUUCUCCACUCAAGUUCAGACAAAGGCUGCUUCAUUGAUUAUCUCAAAACAUUGUAUGCCAGAGCCUGAGUAUAAUAUUGAAUAUUUGUGUAAUGAGAAAAACAGAGAUGCAAUUCUUAACAAUAUCAUGAAAAGAAAGGGUGUUGGUGAUAUAGAUAAAGUUCUUGAACUUUCUAAGAAGUUAGAUUCAAAGAACGAGCUCCUUUUAGAAUUGAGCAAAAUUCCAAACUGCACAGAUCCCCAGGUGUUGGAAUAUGGUGACGAACCUCAGAUACUGAAAAUCUCUGGAUCGGAAAGAAAGUUUGACUUCAAACCACAGGAAUUCUCAGUACUUGCAGGAAAGCUCAAAUUGUUAAGAACUGAAAAUUUAGGACCUUUUGCAGGACACAAAAGUUACAUAUUAUUAGGAGAUUUAGCAGAACUGGAACAAGCCUUAAUUCAUUACAGCAUAAGAAAAUUAAUGGUGUCUGGUUUCAAACUUGUAUCCGUACCUGAUAUUCUGCCUACAGCAGUUAUAGAACGAUGUGGCCUGAUCGUUAAUAAUGAAAGAACCUUAGUCUAUACCCUAGAUCCAUGUUAUGGAGAUAAAUUGGGUCUUUCUGGUACGGCUGAAAUGUCUUUAGCAAAUAAGCUAACUAAUACUGUUCUGUCACAAGAAAAGUUACCCCUAAAAUUAGCAGCAGUGAGUAGAUGCUUCAGAGCAGAGACAUCAAAAGCAGCCGAGGAGAGAGGAAUAUAUAGAGUUCAUCAAUUUACAAAGGUUGAAAUGUUCGCCUGUUCCGAACAAGAGAAAUCCUCAGAUUUCUUAUCCGAGAUACAGUCCAUUCAGGAGGAUAUGUUUACUGAUUUGAACUUGCACUUUAAAGUGUUGGAUAUGCCACCAUAUGAACUAGGAGCUCCAGCGUACAGGAAACUAGAUAUCGAGGGCUGGAUGCCAGGACGAGGAAUAUUUGGUGAACUGUCCAGUUGCAGCAAUUGUACUGAUUAUCAAUCGAGGCGUUUAAAUAUUAAAUACAAAACAAAAAAUGGUGAAACAAUGCACGUGCAUACGCUUAACGGAACCGCGUGUGCGAUACCACGAAUGUUAAUAGCAAUUUGUGAAACGCAUCAGACCAAAGAUGGUAAUAUUAAAGUGCCCUCGAAACUCGUCCCAUACAUGAAGGGUAAAACGAUUAUAGAGAAACAACCGAUUGCUGACACGCGAACUUACAAAUAUAAACCAAAAAUAAAUUGAAUAAGAAAAAUA